UACAGUUUAUUAUAUGUCAUCAUACUUCAGUUGAGCUGUUAAAAGAAAAAAGAUUCAAUCUCAUGUCCAAUACCUGCCCCUUGGCUCAAAGACCAUCCUCUGGGAAUUCUGUUUCCACUGUAACCCACAAGACAGUGACCGGAGGUCUUCUCACUGGAAGAGGGUAUGGAGACAGCAGAUAGGAACCACCUCUUUCUAGUCUUCACCUUUCUGACAGUGACAGCAAUAACAGCAACAAACAUAACACCAAUGCCAGCACAAAAAAAAUUAGCUCAACAAUUCAAUCAGUUGAGCAUCAAAACUGCACCAACCUUUUUUAUUUUCCUGAAGUCAGAACAUGCGUCUUGUUUGGGGACCCUGAUCCACCACCAAUGGGCUCUCACUGCAGCCCACUGCUUCUUGCCAUUUCUUGAGAUAGAUAUUGCUGCUGCAAGUGAUGAGGGUUUCUUAAAAAUUGGGGGGAACUUAAGAGCCAUGCUUACUGUCCAACACCCAAAUUUCACCCGGGAUUCUUCUGAGCAUGACCUCAUGCUUGUCAAGUUGCUACAGCCCCUAAAGCCCAAUGAUGAGGUGAAGCUGGCCAUUCUGCCCAAUACCACGGAGGACAGAAGAGACGACACGUGCACUGUUUCUGGCUGGGGGUGGACAUGGAAGAAUUUUGAGACAGAUCCUGAUAUCGAGGUAAACCAGACUGUCUUUUGGUUCUCUAAUGAAAACUGCCAAGAGUCCCCGAUAAGGAAAUUUCCAGUCAAAAUCACAGAGAACAUGUUCUGUGCGGGAUCAUCUCUGGAGAGCACACACUCCUGUAAGGAAAUAGAUGCUGUCCCAAUCCUGUGCCAAAACCAGCUCCAAGGAAUCCUCUCCUGGGCAGAGGGGUGCAUUCUGAGAGGCAUUGAUUUAUUAAUCCUUACCGAAAAACAACAGCCACCUGAGGUGUUAGUGGUAUCAUUGUCGUCCAGCUAAAGAAAUGAUGCUCCAGUGGCCUUAUAAGCAGUGGAUUCGCCAGGCCUUCUUACCGUCACCUUUGAACUACGGCUACUUCCUAAUUGGUCUGGACAGAGUCAGUAAAACAGCAUCUCCAUGGCCACUAUUGAGAUCCCCCCAUAAUAGGCAUGUGUGGGCUGAAACCGGUAUGGCUCAGUGGAUAGAGCGUCACUCUGCGGUUCGAUUCCGGUCAAGGGCAUGUACAUUGGUUGCGGGCACAUCUCCUGGUGGGGGAUGUGCAGGAGGCAGCUGGUCGAUGUCUCUCUCUCAUCGAUGUUUCUGGCUCUCUAUUCCUCUCUGUGAAAAAUCAAUAA